AUUCUACCUGACACGUCUCACAUAUGGAAAGUGCAGUUAAUCUGAAUCACAAGAGUUAAAAUUCCAUUUAUUUAAAGGCUCUAAAAUCAUCUUGAAAAUGACCUCUGUACAGGAUUUGCAAUCUCAGAUCGAGAGAUUGCAGCAAGAAUUAGCGCGUUUGAAAGGAGGAUCGUCUACAAACAAUCAACCAGCGCGGGAAAAAAUCGAAAAGAUGUCCUCAGAAGUGGUAGAUUCAAACCCUUAUAGCCGACUGAUGGCCUUGCAGCGCAUGGGUAUUGUUAGCGAGUACGAACGUAUCAGACAGAAAAGCGUGGCGGUUGUAGGUGUCGGCGGUGUUGGUAGCGUAACAGCAGAUAUGCUGACCCGUUGCGGGAUCGGGAAAUUGAUUCUUUUUGACUAUGACAAAGUAGAGCUGGCCAACAUGAAUCGUUUAUUCUUCACACCCGAUCAAGCUGGUUUAUCUAAAGUGGAAGCAGCAGCUAAGACUCUAAACUUUAUAAAUCCAGAUGUAAAAAUAACAACAAACAAUUACAAUAUUACUACGGUAGAUUCGUUUGAUAAAUUCUUGAAUGCUAUCCAAACGGGAGGUAUCGAAAACGGCCGACCCGUAGAUCUGGUGCUUAGUUGUGUGGACAACUUCGAAGCCCGAAUGGCAAUAAAUGCGGCUUGCAACGAACUUUCGCUAAACUGGUUCGAAUCGGGAGUUUCAGAAAAUGCCGUAUCUGGACACAUACAAUUCAUCCGACCUGGAGAAACCGCAUGCUUUGGCUGCGCUCCGCCUUUAGUAGUUGCCGAAAACAUCGACGAAAAAACGCUCAAAAGAGAAGGCGUUUGUGCAGCUAGUCUACCCACCACGAUGGGAAUAGUCGCUGGCAUGUUGGUCCAAAACACGUUGAAAUACUUGCUUAAUUUUGGUACUGUCUCGGAUUAUUUAGGUUAUAACGCGCUGAUAGACUUUUUCCCGAAAAUGAGUCUUAAACCGAAUCCAACUUGUGAAGAUCGAUAUUGUGUACAACGACAGGAAGAAUAUGCCGCUAAACCUAGAGAAGCACCGAUCGAAUUGGUGGAAGUGGACGAUGCACCACUCCAUGAGGACAACCUCUACGGAAUCGAACUUGUGGCAGAAGAUGCUGCUCAAGAGGAAAAUCCCUCGACCACAACUGUUUCCAGUGGGCUGAAGCUAGCUUACGAAGCACCAGUGACCCAACAUUCCGAAUCUACACCAGCAGUUAAGUCCGGUGACGACAUUAGCUUGGAUGAUCUAAUGGCGCAAAUGAAAUCUAUUUAAACGAAUCAUUGCAUGUUUUCAUACUUUUUGUUUGUUACGCUACAAAAUUACUAAAGUAAUUUGAAAUAAAGUCGCUUAAGCUUGUUUAUUUGAUUCCAA